CGACGUAGUAGAACAAUAGGUCCGGACUUUGGCUCGUGUGUUGGAGGAAACCGUGAAGACAAAAUAAUUUGAGUCUACAGCGAUCUUGAAAUCUCCGACGCGUCUGCAAAAUCAGAUCCUACGUAAUACUCGGAUUCUCAUUCUCUGCAGUCUAGCAGGGUUGUUCUGCGGAUCAGAUGGCGGAGGGAGGCGUGAAUUCUCGGUAUGUUAAGCUGACGAAGGAUCAAGUUGCGCCGUUGGAGGACAUUCGUCCAGGAGAGCUCAAUCAGCCCAUCGAGUUGGCUGUUCGGAAGUGCAAUGAAUGUGGACAGGCUUUGCCGGAAAACUUUGAGCCGCCUGCAAAUGAGCCUUGGACAACUGGAAUUUUCGGCUGCGCUGAAGACACUGAGAGCUGCUGGAAGGGUUUAUUUUGCCCUUGUGUUCUAUUUGGGCGUAAUAUUGAAAACUUAAGAGAAGACACCCCAUGGACUACACCAUGCAUUUGCCAUGCUGUUUGCGUUGAAGGUGGCAUUGCUCUGGCCGUAGCAACAGCAGUCUUCCAUGGUAUUGACCCAAGGACUUCGUUUCUCUUUUGUGAGGGCUUGUUAUUUGCUUGGUGGAUGUGUGGCAUAUACACUGGUCUUUUUAGGCAAUCCUUACAAAGGAAAUAUCAUCUCAAGAAUUCACCAUGUGAUCCAUGCAUGGUGCACUGCUGCAUGCACUGGUGUGCUCUGUGCCAGGAGCACAGGGAAAUGAAGGGGCGUCUAUCAGAUAAUUUUGCCAUGCCAAUGACCAUUGUCAAUCCUCCACCCAUUCAAGAAAUGAACUCUUCGUCUGAAAACCAGGGUUCUGCUCCGUCCGCUGAACAUGGCACCACUCUGGAGAUGCAGGCUUUGUGAACCACCGCUCAUACUGUCAUACACAAGUAUUAUUUAUGAUAUGUUCUCAUGUUUCCCAUAGAUCAGUUUUGUACAAAACUUAUUUUAGCACAUUUUGUUUUUAUUUAUUUAUUAAUACUCCGUUUACAUAUAGUUUUUCGCUGGACUGUUUUGGGGUCCCUGAUUUUUACUUUGAUUUAUAGACAGGCCUCGUCCUUGAGCAUUAGCUGAACUAUGGGCUUCUCAUUGAUAUGUACUGAUUUUAUGCUUUAUUACAACAAAUUAAAUAUGCAUA